AGGGCGGUUCGCGCUCCCGCUCGGCGGCGGCGGCGCUGGGGACGGUGCCGAGGGAGCGGUGCUCGUGUGCAGGAGUAGCGAGGAGCCGAGCACCGGUCUUGGCCGUGGCGGAGCCCUUGCGCCCGGCAUGGGCGACAACGCCUCGUCGGCCAACGUGGACGCCAACGCCUCCUCGGUGGGCACGUGGAAGGGCCGGGAGCCUUUCUCCUUCUUCACCGUCCUCAUCCUGACUCUGCUGGUGCUUCUGACCGUGGCCACCUUCCUAUGGAACCUGCUGGUGCUGGCUACCAUCCUGCGAGUGAAGGCUUUCCACCGGGUGCCCCACAACCUUGUGGCCUCCACGGCGGUGUCGGAUGUGCUGGUGGCGGCCCUGGUGAUGCCGCUGAGCUUGGUGAAGGAGCUGUCAGCCGGGCGGCGGUGGCGGCUGGGCCGGGAGCUGUGCCUCGUCUGGGUCUGCUUCGACGUCCUGUGCUGCACAGCCAGCAUCUGGAACGUCACCGCCAUCGCCCUGGACCGAUACUGGUCCAUCACCCGCCACCUGGAGUAUACGCUGCUCACCCGCCGCCGCAUCUCCAACAUCAUGAUCGCUCUCACCUGGCUGCUCUCUGCUGCCAUCUCCCUCGCCCCCCUUUUCGGCUGGGGGGAGACUUACAGCCCUGAGCAGGAGCGCUGUCAGGUCAGCCAGGAGCCAUCCUACGCCAUCGUCUCCACUGGCGGGGCAUUCUACCUGCCCCUCUGCGUGGUGCUCUUCGUCUACUGGAAGAUCUACAAGGCGGCCAAGUUCCGCAUGGGGGGCCACAGGAGGAAUGCUGUGGUACCCCUUCCCAAGGCUGCCCAGGUGAAGGAAGCUUCGCAUGAACCACAGAUGGUGUUUACAGCUCAUCAUGCAGCUAUCACUUUCCAGACAGAUGGAGAAACAUGGAGGGAACAGAAAGAGAAAAAGGCAGCUCUGAUGGUUGGCAUCUUAAUUGGAGUUUUUGUACUGUGCUGGAUCCCUUUCUUCAUCACAGAAUUAAUAAGUCCCCUCUGUUCCUGCAACAUCCCACCCAUCUGGAAAAGCAUCUUUCUUUGGCUUGGCUACUCCAAUUCUUUCUUUAAUCCUCUCAUUUAUACAGCAUUUAACAAAAAUUACAAUAAUGCCUUCAAGAGCUUUUUUGUAAAGCAGAGAUAAAAGGGGACACGGAGGAGAAAAUUAUUACUUUGUUGUGUAAUACAAAGAUUUCUUGAGGGAAACAUGCCUAUGAUAUGUACGGUUUUCAUGCACGAGACCUACUAAAAGGGAUUUAAGAACAAUGGAAAAAGUGGAAGAUGUUUGGAUAUAAAUCUACUGACAGUUUGCAGUUCCCCCUUGGAAAUACGUAUAUGCUGCUCCAGGGUUUGGCAAAGAAGAUUGAACCAGUGAAUACCUCCCAUCUGCUCUUUAGAUCAACAUGUGUUAAGAUCGCAAGUGAAGCACUGUAUGUGUCUAAUACCAUGACCAUCAAAUCUAACCAGACUGAUCUCAUGUAAACACCUGCAGGUGCCAUUCUGUAGCUCACUCAUCGUUAGCAAAGGCACCAUUGGGAACUGCUAAUUGAGCAAUACUGAGAUGUUUGUGAUAUGGGCAGGAUGCUGGAUUCAUUUUUGAGAUUUAUUUGGAAGGGAAUAAACAUGCUAUAGUCAAUCAGUCGUUGAACUGAUGAGAAAUUAAAAUGGGUGACUAAGCAGCUCAAAACCACACCUUAGUAUGAUGGAAGGGCUGCGUGUUCCCUAGCAAGCCUCAGUCUUUGAUGGGAAGGCUUAGUGAAAUACAGGUCAGUUAUCUCCACUAGGGUUAAGUGACAUUUUAGAGCCAAGUAUAAAAUUAUUAAGAGAUACUGAGAAUAUGCUUGCAUGGGAGGAGGAGCUAGUGUGGAGUUUUCACCUGGCUUAUACUCCAUCACUCUACAGGUCUCAGGCUCUCCCUGUUUUAAGAAACUCGGGUGAGGUUAAGAUCGGCACCUGAUACCUCCAAGUGAAGCAGGACUGUAUGCAGUCCAUUAUUUCAUACUACCAUAACACUGGGCGUAUAUUUGCUAUUACAAACACCAAACGUUGUAGUCAAUCACCAGGCUUGCUGGCAGCAACGUGUGGCUGCUUGUCAGUGGAAGGUACCUGUGCUGUGCUGUCUGGGGUCCUUGUCUCAUAAAUAUUACUGUAAGAAAGGUAUUGAUGCCAUCAGGUCUGAAUGACUCCAAAACCUCCAGUGUGACUCAAACCCAAGCCUUAAAUUGUUUUUCCAAGAAUUAACAAACACGCUGUCCUGACAAGUAUGUACAUACAUAAAUUAAAAGACAAGUCUUGCCAUGGAUACUGCCCAGUGUCUCUCUCUCUAUUUUUAUCUCUAGUGCGUUUUAGUUUUUGUCCUUCCCUGAAGGGGGAUGCUGAUGGUAUCUCUGAGUAUUCUCUGCAUGGCAGCUUUUUACUGACACAGAGUCCCAGCACCGUCUCCCAUUUCCUGCUUAAGCGUCUAUAGGUACCAUAAAGGCUCCAUUUGAAGCUAGGGUUUAACCUUUUACGCUGCCUUUCUCUGCCAGUUUUGUGUUUCCUGGAGCUUAGGCAACCUUUUGAUUCAAAGCGUACUCUUGGGCAAACAGCACAAAACAACUAAAACUCACCAAUUUCAGGCCCAGCAGUCUACAACGCUGGUAUCUUGAUCUCACUGAAGCGCAUCACACUCGGCCUCACCUCUGACAGUUACCAUGCUGUUGGGUAUUGCACUGAUGUGAGUGCUGAUCAUGAAGCCCCAAAGUCUUGGCAUCCUGGCGGUUUCUUCACAGGCAAUAGCAGCUACAUGUAUUCGCAGCAGCUAUGUGUAUUUGCGUCAGCCAGGUGUCCUUGCAUUAGCUAGGGACUGACAUACCUAGCAGUCACAUCAGGGAAAUGUUAUCAAGUAUCUUGUAGUCUGGAAAACAGAAAAGUGAUGCAGCCUUUACUUGCUUAAUUGUAAAUCAGAGUUUAUUGCAGUGUAGUCUAAAAUGAUUCAUGUGUCUGGUGAUGCGAAUUUGUGCUUUAUGCAGGUAUAUAGGCAACCUAGACCGAGGCAAGUUCCAACUCCUUUCUAAAUAAGUGAUUUUAACAAAUGCUGUCUGUUGAAGGGCACAUCCCACCAGUUCCUUAAGGGAACUACCUGGGCUCAUCUCAUUAGCACAAGUCUGUGUAGCUUAUGCAUCUAUGCAGGAUGCUUCUCCCCUCACUUUCAAUGUGAAUUAAGAAAUUUUAAUAACCUAGAAUUAGAAAAAGUUUUUAGAUAGUGGCUCAGACUUUUAAAUGCCAACUAAAAAAAAUCUUUCCCAUGUGAAUCUCAUUUACCUGCAUAUGGAAUAGCUACAGUUCAAACUAGUGUUUGGAGGAAGGAAGACACACACGUAAGAGUCUAAAAGUUACUAAAACCUGUAGGCCUUAUACAGAACCAUUGGUGAAUUUUUCAAGUUAAUUGAUUUUUUUUCAUGUAAGAUAUUGCUCUAAAAACCUUGAAAUCCAAACAAAUGCCAUGGAAAGAGAAAAUGAAGAGGUCAUCUUAAACUAGUUGUUGAAAAGCAUGCAACUCUCCUGCACGUGGCCACUCCUCAGGCUUCCAAUAAUCAUGUUUUGGCCAAAUUUUAGUGCCUGUAAGAUAAGCAGUUAUUGGCAGGCAGGUCUAAGACAACCUGGCUGCGCAUCACAGUCUAUGGCUGCAGCAGCAGAGCUAUUUGUUCCAACUGUAUUUGUCCACUAACUAGAGGAAUACCAGGCUCUGGUUCUGGUGCAGGAACCUUUCCAAGAAGUGACAUAGAUUUUAAAGGUACAUUUUGCUAUGGCUUGGCAUCUGGUACAUGAGAAAAUACCAUAAAGCCAGAAGAGAACUGUGCAGUUCAGUGUGGGUGCACACUGCGCUGGUGUUACUGCAACUGCUGAAGAUGCAGCAGGGCUGUCUGUCUUCAGUUAGCUUGAGAACUGGUAGCAGAGCUACUGACGUAGCAUACAAUGUAGCUCUCCACCUCCUCAAAGAUGGAUUUAGCUUCCCUGGGAGGUGAAUCUGAGCCUCUGUAAUUUUCCUGUGAGAAGUUUGCCAGAUAACUAGUUUAAUGCUCUGCCCACCUGCCCGCCAUCUGUGACAGCAGAAAGUUGUUACAGGAUGACAGGCUGCCACUGAAAGCUGCUUGGCUUCAUACUCACCCAGAGGCGACGUGAAACAGACAGAGCUUCCAUUUCACUAGUGCUUCUUUUAGAAAGCUCAUAACAAAAUCGGCUUCCCACACUGGCUCUGUACAUGUCUGUGUUUAGAAGAGCAGCAGCACAUACUCAGGAUUUUAAAUCCUGGAUUUUAAGCACAUGGAUUCUGAGUUUAGCAUGGGGGGAGAAAUACAUUUUCUGGAGUUAUGGCCUAACCUGCUGGAUGCUGCUUCCUGCUUAAAGAUAGAAAAGGCAUUAUCACCCCCUGGCUUUCUGCACAGCAAGCACAGCAUUUUACCCAUGGAUUUGUGUGCCAAACUCAGUAAUUUGGUGCAGUGGGAGUGUCACUGCUGGAUAGUCAUCAGCCUUGAUUAAAAAAAGUUAGAACAGGAGAUAAUUUUCUACCUCCCUUGGUACUUUAUUUCUGUGAUUAAUUACUCUCAUUAUUAAUUUUGCAACUUUAUUUUAAUUGAAAAAAAGAGGAAAGAGUAAAAUCAGGCAUGCAAGCAUUCUUCUUCCUGGCAAUUCCAGCAUUAGAGUUUAGCUUUUCCGUUAUUGCUGCGUAUUUAUUCUUAGCUUCAAGACAGACCAAAGGAAAUACAGAAAAUACUACUCCCAUGUGAACCUAGAGAAAUGAUACAGCAUCUUGAAUAUCCAAAUAGGGAAAGAAAAAAAAAAAUCAGCUAUUCUAAAGAAACAGCAUUUGGCAGUGUUUAGGCAUAUGGUCAUUUAUUUCCCCAAACAGAAGUUGCUGAUUUGGAGCACACCAGUCAUUUCUGAUUGUACACAGUGGACUAUUAGUUUUAAUUUUAUUUCCUGACACUGUAUCUGCUCCUAGAACAACUCACUGGAGACUUAUCGCUCAGCAGAAAGGCACUGCUGUAUCCUGCAGCAAGGCUCCGAGAAUCUUGCAGCUAUAUUGAAAAUAAGGCCAUAGUUUGUUGUGCUGCUGGAAUCUACAGAGUGUGCAGAAAUCCAAAUGCUUUGGAAGAUGAAUGUGAACAGAAAAUGCUAAUAACUUUCAUGCUCCUCUCUCCAGGAGACCCACAUCCAUGCUGCAGCUUCCAUGAAGAAAGCUCUUCAGUUUUAUUAUAGUACCCAGGGGUUCCUGAUUUUUCAACCAUAAUUCAAUCUUUCCUUCUAAAUCGCAGUUUUACAUGAGAAUUACCAAGCCCCUCUCCGUGAAGAUUGAUACACCAAGAGAUGAUGGGUUUGGCCCCGCGAACAGACAUUGACAAACCCCUAUGGGCUGUACCUCAUAAGCUAGUCUACACCAGUCAGCGAGACACUGGGUAUGAGUAGCAGCUGAUGACAGGAAAGUGCUGCUGGGUGUGGAGCACCAACCCUGCCUGAAGAGCUGCGUAAAGAGGCAGUGCCUGCCUUGGGCUCCAAGGGCGAGAGCCUGAGUAGCUCUGGCGUCUGCUGGCUGAGUUCAGAUAGGUGGCAGCUGUGGCUCUGUAGACACUGCAUGAAUAAACAGGCUUGUGUUUGUAAUUUUUUUUAGAUAAAGGACUAUUCUAGGAGUCUGUCACCCACCACUUGAAUGAGUAAGAUUUGAAUAUUGCCUUCUACACAUGUCCUGCUUACAGACCUAAUUUAGCAAAGCUGGCGCUAAGGAGGUAGAUGUACCAGCAAGCACAAAUCUCCAGUUCUCCAUUUCGCAUGAAUACCAGCAGCUAUACAAGACAGGCCCUAAAAGAAGCAAUACCCUUUUCUCUCAUGCAAGUAAUGUUAUGUUUCUAAAGAAAUUUCAGCAAAGUUUUGCUGUCUCCUAUAUGACUGGGCAUACCUGUACCAUAGCGUCUGUGGAGAAUAAAGAGCGCGUCAUGCUACUUGGUCAUGCUUUUCUCCCCCAUCAAAUACUGUUUGGUUCAGGAACCUACACACUGAGGUCACUCUCCAGUAAGCAAAUUUUUCAGGAAAUGAAAAGGAAGAAACCUUAGAGAAAGUAUCAGUCACAUUUUAACUUGCCUUCAAAGAUUUUCUUUUAUUCAGAUCAACAGUGACUUGGUGCAGCACUCCCAUUCGUUUUGACAUACUGUAAGAAAAAGAUUGCCUGGAUUUUGUCACGCUCGGAUUAGGUGUAUGUCACCAAUGUCACUCUCAAAAGAUAUUUUACAAGUGCAUUCAUGGAACUGUGUUUAAAGAAAGUUAAAAGCCACAGUCUAAAAGUGUAUGCCUUAAGUUCAGAGACUGUCUCAGCUUCUGAAACUAUAAAGCCAACUUUGCCGCAGUUUAUUCACCAGGGUAUCAAAAUAAUUAUAUUUAUUGAAAUGCAAAUUAAAGCUCUACACAGGCUCUAUGAAAUUAAAAAAGAUUUUUGUUACAAGCCCUGUAGAUGUUAAUUUACAAGCCUGAUAGCACCAAAUGAACUCGGGGCAAGAUCUUUCUCUUUUAAACAUUCAGAAGAAAUCCAGCAACACUAAGGUAAAAUUCUGAGAAACUCGUAGUUCCUCCCAUGCAACCAGCUGCAAUGGAGAAUUAGGACAGACUGCUUGCUCUAGGUUUGUAUACUGGGGACUGGGAUGUUUAAGUUAAUCAUUGAAAGAAUCAAGAUACACAAGACCUAUUCCUUCUGGUAAUAAAUUGCCAGUUUAAACAAAAUAAAAUAAUCACCUUCUAGUUGGUAAAAUAAAUAUUUAGAUGCUCCAUGAUGAUGAUAUCCAUUCCAAACAUUUAAACAUUUUGCUUUCUUGAGAGCUAGACCACCAGCACAGUGAAGCAGAAGAUCAUCCCAGCCUAAUACCUUGUCUCUACUGGUGGCCAGAACCAGGAAUUUCAAGCAGAAGCUUGUGUUUCUCAUAGCAUUACCAGGUCUCCUACUGCCACAGACCCCACAGGUAAACUCCAGUUUAAGCCUGCAUUGGGCAGGCCAGUUUCUCACUGCUUGUUUUGUUGCUUCGUUCCAUUACAUGUUUUUAUUUUUUUGGUAAAUUUAAGUUGGCUUUUGUAUUUAGAAGUGCCUUUACUUUGGCACUUAGAAACCUACUUGUUUUUUUUAAUGCUUUGAACUUCACUGUCAGUCCAAACUUCAUUUGCAACAUCAGAUCAUUACUCGUCACCUGAGUAUAUUCAGAGGCUAAAUAUAUAGCAGCCUUUAUUUAUGCUAAAGCUGAAAGCAGUUGUAGGCAGAUCACGUCUCUCCUCUUCAACUCCACAUGCAGUGUAGUUCCUUUUAUCCCAACGAGCUACUUGUUUUUAUUUUGUACUUCUUAACUCUCUCACUUCCCAUGGCAGUGAAGUUCCUAUUCUGCGCAUUUUCUGAUUCUGAGCUCGUUCUACCGAUGCCCCAGGAAUGCCUCCCUGUUUACAAUAUCAAUACAGGUCUUUAACAGAUGAACAGGGGAAACAUCUUUGAUAGAACAAUAAGCAUCUUCUAGUCCGUAUCUCAACUAAGUUACAAAGCAGUAAUAGUAGCUGUGGUUGUAUAGUUCUAUCUCAUAUAGGUAACGAUGAAAUAUGUUAACCUGCAAGCCUGUUCUUCAAGUGUUUUAAUUAAAGUGAUGUUUUUAUCCCUCCUCCUUCACCCACUGUUGUUAAUUUUAUCUGGGCGUUUUACAGGAAACUGAGCACAGAUGAGAAUGAUGUCCUCAUAGUUUCUUCUGAAGUCAGUGAAAGC